AUGACGGAAGGAUCGUACGAGCAGCAACUUCAAUCCGCUUAUGCAGGCUCGAGGUUAGAAUCCCUCUGCAAUCUUGAUAUCGACAGUCCGCCGAAUGUUAGAAGGAUGUCGAGUAUUAUCUGCACUAUCGGACCGGCUUGUCGAACAGUAGAGAUGCUAAAGAAGAUGAUCGGAGCGGGUAUGAACGUGGCUCGUAUGAACUUCUCGCACGGUACCCAUGAAUACCACAAGGAAACAAUCGCGAACGUUCGUGAAGCUGCUUUCGGACUUUUGACCCCAGUGGCAUUAGCAUUAGAUACCAAGGGUCCAGAAAUUAGGACGGGUAUUAUUAAAUAUGGCGUCAACGAAGAGGCCGAAUUAAAAACGGGACAGGAAAUUAACAUAACGAUUAAUGAUGAGUUCAAGGAACAGUGCGACGAGAAUAACUUGUGGGUGGAUUAUAAGAACAUCAUCCAAGUCGUCGACGUUGGGAAGAAAGUCUACAUCGACGACGGCCUGAUCUCACUGGUCGUGCUACAGAAAGGUGUGGAUUUCUUGAAGUGCAAGGUCGAAAAUGGCGGGCGGGUCGGUAGCAAGAAGGGCUGCAACCUCCCUGGAACUCCCGUUGAUUUGCCAGCAGUUUCAGAGCAGGAUAAGAAAGAUCUACUCUUUGGAGUUGAAAACGGUGUGGACAUCAUAUUCGCCUCAUUCAUCAGGAGUGGUGACGGGGUUCGAACAAUACGAGAGGUCCUUGGUACCGCGGGCAGAAAUAUCAAAAUUAUUUCUAAAAUUGAGAACCAUGAAGGCGUUAAAAGGUUUGAUGAAAUUCUGGAAGAAUCGGACGGAAUAAUGGUAGCCAGAGGUGAUCUCGGCAUUGAGAUUCCAACAGAAAAGGUGUUCUUAGCUCAAAAGAUGAUGAUAGGCAGGUGCAACAGGGCAGGAAAGCCGAUCAUAUGCGCUACACAGAUGUUGGAGAGUAUGAUUAAGAAGCCACGGCCAACGAGAGCUGAGAGUAGUGAUGUUGCAAACGCCAUCCUGGAUGGAGCUGACUGCGUUAUGUUGUCUGGAGAAACUGCCAAGGGACUCUACCCCUUGCAAGCAGUUGAGACGAUGCACAGGAUAGCCAAAGAAGCAGAGGCAGCUGUGUACCACAAGCAGCUCUUUGAAGAUCUACGCAUGUUGACGCCCCGCCCAACAGAUGUCACUCACACUACUGCCCUGGCUGCAGUUGAAGCCGCUAUCAACUGCCUCGCUGUAGCCAUCAUCACUGUGACCACCUCUGGAAGGUCGGCCAUGUUGAUGAGUGCCUACAGGCCGAGAUGUCCCAUUCUUGCGGUCACCAGAGAUGCCCAAGUGGCCCGUCAGCUACAUUUAUUCAGAGGGGUCAUGACCUUGCACUACACUGCCCCGAGAGAAGCAAGAUGGGUUGACGAUAUGGACAAAAGAAUCGGUUUGGCGAUAAAAACCGGCUUUGAGAGAUAUAUCAUCCGGUCUGGUACACCGAUCGUUGUGGUUACUGGAUGGAAAGCUGGGUCGGGAUACACUAACACAAUUCGAGUGGUGGUGAUCUCCGAUAAGGAUAGCAAAGUAAUGGGAAUCACUGAAAACAGCGAGGAAACUGGAGAAUGGAAUGAUGACGGCCCCAGAAUUGAUUUCAACUGA